AUGGUGUGGGCUCUAGUGAAGGGUGAUGUUGGUCGCCAGUACACGGACCUGACAAAGUUCCCUGAGGUGAAGGAACGGCUCAAGACGGCGUUUCAAAAGUUGACGUCCCAUGCAAUUAAGGGGUGUAUCAAAGUCGCCGAAGACAAGUUACAAAACUCGCCUAAUCAUCUACUUCAGAUUGAUGCACUCAAGUCGGACGAAGAAUCCUCUGCAGGAAGUUGUAGCAGCGACGACGAAAGUGAUAUUGAUUAA